AAACAAAGCUGUUUUUUUUCUUUCUAACGGUCAUUGCUCUAUCAACCUAUCAAACCUAUCAAAGGUUCCGAUUACUUCAAACAUCAAAUAUUCCACUUUGAAAACUAUUUUUGGUGGAAGAUUUUGCAUAUUUUGUGUGUUUGCCAUAAAAAACAUAGUUUUGUUUGACAAAAAAGGGCGGAAAACAAACAAACAAAAAAGCAACAUAAAAAAACUAACAUUUUUAAAUGAGGGAUAGAUCUGAAGUUGAUAGAGACUCCAGAGAUUUAAGCGUUAAAUAUAAAAUGUAUGUUUGCCCUGGCACACCAUUAUCAUCAUUUCAUGACCGAAGCAAAACACUUUUUACACUUUUAUACUGAAAUAAAUAUACACCUAUAACUUAUUAAAUAAAAACAUAGAAAAAACUACCAGCAGCGGUAAAGUUCAGAUCCAUGAAGGAAAGAAGAAAGUGAAUGAAUGUUUAUAACUGAAUACAUUUACAUAUGCUUACACAUUUGUUUUCUUUUGUAUUAUUUUUUAAAAUGAAUUAAGUAACAUUUAUGACAACCUUUUUCCAAAACACAAUAUAGAAUGGGAGAUAUAACAGGAUAAUGCAUACAUUUGUCAUGUUUUCAAAACGCUUACAAAAAAGUGGGACGCCAAAAAUUUACUGUGGGACCCCAUUUUUAUGACUUGAUGGGGUCCCUGGGACCAUACGUCCACUUUUCCCCGGACAUGUCCUCUUUUGCGGGUGUCCGGGCGGGGUUUCUUAAAUGCCUCAAAUGUCCGGCAUUUUGAGUUAGGGUUGCAUGUAUUUUCAAUGUACGUCCAGGGUUAAGAAGGGGUUAAACAAAACAAACUGUGGAGGCGUGCGCACACAGAAACAUUCGUGAGGAAAAGGCAGAGAGCGAGAGAGCUAGUGAGUGGAGAGACGGACAUGAGAAGAAGAAAUCGUAAAUGCAACUUCACGGAUGAUUUGCGGAAAAAGUAUUCGUGUUUUCAUCGUGGCCGUGACACAUGGAAAGCAGAAUGCACUGUGUGCGAAGCAGGAACCUCUGAAGUCUUAAAAAUAAAGUGUUCAAAGUGUGGCCGCGAUUGUAAGAAGAAAGCCAAGUUCUGCAGCAACUGUGGCGAAAACUUGUCUCUCCAGCCUCCCAACAGCCUCGGGAAUGAACCAAAGUCCUUGGUGGCAGAUUUGGAAGAAGACACAUCACAGAAACCCCCCCAAAAUACCUCCAGUGGGCCAGAUGACAAGAGCAUUAUCAACUCAAAAGAAAAAGAAAAAAAAGAGAAAGAGGGACAGAAAGAGUAAAGAUGGUGUCUUACCAACAUCAAAAAAAGACACACCCUCUUCAUUGAAAAGUUAAACAUCGGAAAAUGUCAUGGAUUCCCUUCAACAAGAGUUCUCAUCACUAGAAAGCUUGUCUAGCAACAACAAUAAUGCACAGGCUGGUGGCAGUGAUAGUGAAAGGACUGAAACAAGUACUAUACCCACAUCUGAAGUCACUUCAGAUAAACUUAUCACUGAAGGGAGCAAUGAACAAACAUCUGGUCAAGCUUCAGCUAACGACAAAAAGUCUCAAAGACCUAGAAGCGAUAACUCCAACGCCAAAAAUCAACAAGUCACUUCUGAGGAACCUUCACUUGACCGUAAUGCCAAUGUGAUUCCAGAAAUGACAACACCAACAAAACUGACCGAAAAUGUACAACCAAUAAUGGUUUUUGGCCCUCAGACACCAUCUAAGGAACAUGCUGCAGACAUCGGCUCUAGCGUAGACAUGCCGGUUGCAGUGCAGCACAUGGCAGAUGAUGCAGUAUCCAAUCCGUUGAUACAAAAAAAGAAGACGAACAUGACUUCUUGCAAAAACAGAAUGACAAUUUACUUCCACGCCGUCCUCUCAAAAGACUUCAAUCUGGACCCGAUUAAAGAUCUCGUCUACAUCAGGGCUGGGUCUCAUAUUGGAACAUGGGAUCAAAAUGCAGUUCAGCUAAGUGUGACCGGAGAUUAUGGGGAACAUGGGUAUAUGGUCGAAGGCAGUAUGGAGACAACAAAAGAUGAGGCUAUGUCUGUGUCGAUACCAUACAAAUAUGCUGUCUACAAGACAAAACAGCAACAAUUUGCGUUUGAGUACAUCUACAAAUCGGAUUCUCACCACAUUACUAACAGAUGCUUGUUUGUGAACGACCAGCUCCUUAACAAAGACGGGGACUGGCAUCAAUAUGAUGACAUUGUCUGUGUUGAGCCAUCAAAAAGCCUUUUACAAAAAAUGAAAGGAUUUAUCCCUUGGCCCAACCAGAAGAAACCACUUGUUCAAGGCAGAGAGAUCGCUGGGAGAAUAAUGCUGGGCAGGAUAUUUGAGCUUUUCAGCGACUUGACUGACAUCAAUUUGUCAAGUUUUUUAGUCCAGCUGAAUCAGUUCUUUGCAAACCCAUAUGUUUAUGAGGACAAAGUGCGAAAAUGUAAUUCCUUAAACUACGGAGUGGAUGAAGUGAGGAAGAUGAUGAAGGAAUUCAUGCUGACAAGUGUGACUCCUCAGUUACUGGAGGAUGAAAAUGCAGAGAGUGUGUACAUUAAAGAUCCCCUGCGAGCGGCUGUGAUCGUGCUCUACGUGUUUACAACAUACACCAUCAAACUGGACUGGACCGUGCUCCUCCGCCUAUGCAUUGCAUUGUGUUUACCCAAACUAAACAGAGACGACUUCCUCCAGUACUGGGAAAAGUUUUCACAGGAUAUUGCUGUUCUUAAAGGGCUGCCAAGCAGUUUGUUGAUACUCACAAACACUGUGAAGCAAAAUGGAAAUCCCCACUGGAUUUUGGUAUUACCGCUCUUUCACCUCAUCGAAGGCUCCACAAAACCCUUUGAGACACUGACUUCUGGCAGCUUUGAGUUUGACUUGUCGUGGGCAGGUCUGCAAGGAUUCGGGGUAUAUAAAAUGAACAGUCAUGACAAGAAGGCUGUGGUCAAUAUGAUGAAAAACAAUGGCCACUUGAUGGAGGUGGAUCCACUUGUUGUGCGGUCCUGUUUGCACCUGAUGUCAAUCAGUGAUCUGAAAGAACACAGCUUCAAAAUGAAUGUCCAACUUUUGGACAUUCUACAAGUCUUUACUAAUAAGACACCUCAAGAGAUUAACUACAGUAACUUUGAGGUGCGUGUUGGUGGUGUCAGCAUCCAAGUCCAGAGGGGAAGAUCCAAAAGGGGUUCGUGAUCCGAGCAAGGUCCGUUUGGCAGGGGAGAGGCGUCAGUGGUCCAAAUCCGAGCGUGGGGGUAAAAGAUCAGGGAAGGCAAUCAGAGUCUGGGGGAAACUUCACAGUGGAAGCGCAAAGGCAAUGACAGGGACACGGAGGCUGUGGGAACAGGAGAUGAAAAAAACAAGGUCAGGGCUAGGCAUGAGAAGGACAAAAAUGAGCACAAGAGAAAGCACAUGAGGGGAGCCAGAUACGUGACAGCUUACUGAACACAGGGCGACGUUCUGGCGACGAGAAGUCAGCUGCGAGUCUCUUUAUCCUGCUGCCUCUCAUUAGUCCCAGGUGUGUCGAUAGAGGAUUGUCUCCAGCUGUGUCGGCGCGUGGGCGCGGUCUGCGCAACGAGCGUGGGGGCGUGUCCUGCUUGGCUCGCAGCGGAGUCUCGAGGUGCUGCCGCAGCGGAGGAUGAGGCGGACAGCGCGUGUUCCAUAACAGAUUAUCUGACGUAAUUGAUGUAAUAAUCCUAUGUAAAAAAUAUACAACAUAAAGUAGCAAGAAACACAUCAAUAAUGAAUAAAGCAAAACGUGUUCUAGACCAAAAAUCACUUAAUAUUCUCUACUGCUCGCCAGUGUUACCAUAUCUGAGUUAUUGUGUAGAAAUAUCGAGAAACAACUACAAAUGUGUGCUUCAUUCACUAAAUGUGUUACAAAAAAUAUGAAUUAGAAAUACAUAAUGUUGGAUAUAGAGAACAUACAAACCCUUUUUUCAUUAAAUCACACAUUGAAAUUCAACGAUUUAGUGCAUUCGCAAACAGCUAAAAUUGUGUAUAAAUCAAACUAUAACCUGCUACCCAAGAAUAUAGAACAAUUCUUCUCAACAAAAGACUAUAAAUAUAACCUUAGAGGAAAAUCUAAUUUAAAACAUUGGUGUGCUCGUACAACACUUAAAAGUUUUAGUAUAUCAGUAUGUGAAAUAAAAUUAUGGAAUAGAUUAAUCUAUAAAUUAAACAAAGCACCAACAUGAUUCAGUUUAAGAGACUGUUCAAACUACAAGUGUUCACAAAGUACACAGAACAAGAAUUAUGACGAACAUCUUGAACACUUUUUUUCCUUUUUUAAAAAAAAUUAGACAAAGAUUAUUUAUGUAUUUAAUAUUUUUUUGCUUACCAUGGUAUAUUAUUUAUUUGUUGUUCUGUUACAGAGAACAAGGAAAGUGGAUAAAAUUGCUAUGGUAUGAAAAGGGGUAGGAUUAAAUAAGCUCUGCUUCUUCCUACUCCUUUUUGGACGUGCUGUAAUGAAACAACUGGAAUUGUGUGAUGCAUUACAUUGUAUCGUAUGCAUGUUCAAAAUAAACUGAAACUGAACGCAACGAAACUGAACUGAUACAUUUAGGAUUAGUAUCAGUGGAUAACAAUCCAUCCAUUUUCUACUGCUUGUCCCUUUUGGGUUCGCGGGGGGUGCUGGAGCCUAUCUCCGCUGCAUAACUGUGGAUAACACAGAUCAUAAUAAUACAUCAUUAUUAUUACGAUCAUAUUAUUAUUAGUGCGUCCCCCAGGAGUUAAGUCUCCCCGUCUUGAAAAACUAGUGACACCUAUGGUUGUAACUUUAAUCGAAGGUCUUUGAACGCACCUCUGUUAUGUGCAAAUAGAUGCAAAAGUGAAACUUGUACACAUCUUUCUUUUAGAUGUAUCUUUAAUUUUUAUUCCAUCACCUCAUGCUUGCUGAUGCUUUCUGUGAAUGCUUAAAGGUGAAAUGCUUAAAGGUGAGCUUUGAUGAUGUUGUGAUGUCUGUGUUGAGUGACGUGUUCAAAGUUAGGUUUUCUACUAUCUAUCUGGAAUUAACCAUUUUGUAUUUUUGAUUGGGUGUUAUAGGUAGUGUUGGUUAUUCUUUGUUUGAUUUAAGCAACCUUAUUGUUACUUUCACAUAUUUAUUUUUAUAUGAACAUUUAUGAUGUUUUUAAUAAAUAAAUACAUGUAUAUGUAAAAAAAAAAAUCUUCAAACUUUACAAUAGCCCUAGGGCCCCUCUGUGUCUGAUCCUCCGCCCGCCACACUUGGACACCUCUGACGUCGAUCUGGGCAACUUUAGGACUGUUGAGAUUUAAAAAUUGCAUUGUAUAUUAAAUUGUUCAGCUGCUUUUGGUGUAGCCGCAGUGAUGAAAAAUUAUUUGUUCUC